AAUUAAUUUACAACCCUAAUUUUCAGCGGCCGGAUUUUGUGUGUAGUUUUUUGUUAAAGAUUGCAAACAUUUAAUUGGAGAACAAAGCAAUUAAUAUACGACAUUUUAAACUAAUUUGAAAGUUUAAUACACACAAAACUAAGCAAUAUGGCCGAUAAUGACGAUCUUCUCGACUACGAGGAUGAGGAGCAGAACGAAACUACUGCUGUUGAGACCCAAGAAGCUCCCAAGAAAGACGUCAAGGGUACCUACGUAUCCAUACAUAGCUCGGGCUUCCGCGACUUCUUGCUAAAGCCAGAAAUAUUGCGUGCAAUCGUUGAUUGUGGUUUUGAGCAUCCUUCAGAGGUUCAGCACGAAUGCAUACCACAGGCUGUCCUGGGCAUGGAUAUUCUCUGCCAGGCCAAGUCAGGUAUGGGCAAAACUGCCGUGUUUGUGCUUGCUACUCUGCAACAGCUGGAGCCAUCUGAUAACAACACCUGCCAUGUUUUGGUUAUGUGCCACACACGUGAAUUGGCAUUCCAAAUCAGUAAGGAGUACGAACGUUUUUCCAAGUAUAUGCCUACGGUUAAGGUAGCAGUAUUCUUUGGCGGUUUAGCUAUACAAAAAGACGAGGAAGUACUUAAGAGUGGCACACCACAUAUUGUGGUCGGUACUCCUGGACGUAUAUUGGCGCUUACACGCAACAAGAAGUUGAACCUCAAGCAUUUGAAGCACUUUGUUCUUGAUGAGUGCGAUAAGAUGUUGGAGCAAUUGGACAUGCGUCGUGAUGUGCAAGAGAUUUUCCGUUGCACACCACAUGGCAAACAAGUUAUGAUGUUUUCGGCCACUUUGAGCAAAGAGAUUCGUCCCGUUUGCAAAAAGUUUAUGCAAGAUCCCAUGGAGGUGUAUGUGGAUGAUGAGGCCAAGCUGACGCUGCAUGGUCUGCAGCAGCAUUACGUUAAUCUUAAGGAGAAUGAGAAGAACAAGAAACUGUUUGAAUUGCUCGAUGUGCUAGAGUUUAAUCAAGUGGUAAUCUUUGUCAAGUCGGUGCAACGCUGUGUCGCAUUGGCACAACUGUUGACGGAGCAGAAUUUCCCAGCCAUUGGCAUACAUCGCGGCAUGAACCAGGAUGAGCGUUUGAACCGUUAUCAGCAAUUUAAGGAUUUCCAAAAGCGCAUUUUGGUGGCUACCAAUCUUUUUGGACGUGGCAUGGAUAUUGAGCGCGUCAACAUCGUUUUUAACUACGACAUGCCAGAGGAUUCGGAUACCUAUUUGCAUCGUGUCGCCCGUGCUGGACGUUUUGGCACCAAGGGUCUGGCCAUCACCUUCGUUUCGGAUGACAACGACGCCAAGAUACUUAACGAAGUACAGGAUCGUUUCGAUGUCAACAUUAGCGAACUUCCGGAGGAAAUUGAUCUGUCCACUUACAUUGAGGGACGCUAGUCAGCCCACAUGUAUUUGGAAUAGUUUAAACAGCUACAUGCAUUCGAAAUAAAUGCACACCACCAUUUACCAUCUAACAAACCGUAAAUCUUUUAUAAAACCUCUACUUUAUAAUUAAUUAAAUACAAUCCAAAACAAUGAGUUGACGUACAAACAAAAA